UGGUUACUUGGCGAGUUCAGGGAGAUAUUCCCAUUCCCACUUACUGCCCAGCCAAGGCGUAUGGUUCGUCCGCUCCCUCCACCUCACAGGAUCUAUCCAUUCGGCCUCCGAACUCGUUUGUGCAAAGUAAUACCACAUACUCCGUACAAUGGCCAGUAUACUUCGCUCUUAUUUGCCUCUUCGACACUAGUCCUAGUAGUUCUAGUCGUUGAAUAUACCCUCGCAAAGUACGUACUCCUAUUGUUGACCCAGAGAGGUCUGGAUGCGCCGGUGUUUGAAAUCCCAAACCAGGUUGAGUUUCCCACCAAGAAUCCCAUAAUAGCAACAAGAACUCCAUCCAGGGAGCAAUUCUGGUUCCAACGCAAUUAGGGCCAUCAGCUUAAUCUCGUUAAUUUCCUAUCUGCUCGCGAUCAUUUGACGCACUGUGCACAUCGCCGACCACGCUACUGUAGCGCGUGCACUAGCUCGUCUGGUGUCCCCUUCCAUCGAAAUUGGGCCGUAUCCAUUCUUCUGCUGCCAAUCUUUGGUUGGCCUCCUCUUUUGCUUCCCAUUUCAAGGUUUGAGGUGAACGGAUCGACGCGCUGUGCCACCCAUCCUACAAAACGCAC